UUUGUACGAUAAAAAUAUUCCCGGUGACGCAAUAGGAAUUCGUCCUUUCCGUCGCGUUACUGUGAGUGGAACAUGUCGUAUACGUCUGAUCGAAGAGUUGAAGAUCAAUGGUCGGACGAAUCUAAAAAUGGUCCGAGCGAAAGUGAUGCACUCAAUUAUGGAGGACCUCCCGGAAUGGACCCUGACGGUCUUAUUGAGUCCAAUUGGGAGCAAGUCGUUGAAAGUUUCGAUGACAUGAACUUGAAAGAAGAACUUCUACGUGGUAUUUAUGCUUAUGGGUUUGAAAAACCUUCUGCUAUUCAGCAACGUGCAAUUGUACCAUGUGUAAAGGGUCUUGAUGUUAUUGCACAGGCGCAAUCUGGUACUGGUAAAACUGCAACAUUUUCAAUUUCAAUUUUGCAACAAAUUGAUACAUCAUUGAAUGAGUGUCAGGCAUUGAUUCUCGCACCAACUCGUGAGUUAGCUCAACAGAUUCAAAAGGUUGUUAUUGCUCUUGGAGAUUUUAUGCAUGCACAGUGUCAUGCUUGCAUUGGAGGUACUAAUGUGCGCGAAGAUAUACACAAGUUGGAACAAGGAGUCCAUGUUGUUGUAGGAACUCCUGGUAGAGUUUAUGAUAUGAUUAGUCGACGUGCAUUGCGCACCAACAACAUCAAAUUAUUUGUAUUGGAUGAAGCUGAUGAGAUGUUGUCACGUGGUUUUAAAGAUCAAAUUCACGAUGUAUUUAAAUUACUUCCUAAUGAAGUUCAAGUUAUCUUACUAUCUGCUACUAUGCCAGCUGAUGUAUUAGAAGUAUCAAAAUGUUUUAUGCGCCGUCCAAUUAGUAUUCUUGUGAAAAAAGAAGAACUUACCCUCGAGGGUAUAAAGCAGUUUUAUAUAUUUGUUGAACGUGAAGAUUGGAAAUUUGAAACAUUGUGUGAUUUAUAUGAUACUUUGAGUAUCACUCAGGCUGUUAUUUUCUGUAAUACUCGUCGUAAGGUUGAUUGGUUAACUGAAAGUAUGCAUAAUCGUGAUUUUACGGUAUCUGCAAUGCAUGGAGACAUGGAGCAAAGAGAUCGUGAUCUUAUUAUGAGACAAUUUCGUACUGGAUCUUCUCGUGUUCUUAUCACGACUGAUUUAUUGGCACGUGGUAUUGAUGUGCAACAAGUAUCUCUCGUUAUUAAUUAUGACCUUCCUUCAAACCGAGAGAAUUAUAUUCACAGAAUUGGACGUGGUGGUCGUUUUGGACGUAAGGGAGUAGCAAUAAAUUUUGUCACUACAGAUGACAAACGUACCAUGAGCGAUAUUGAGCAGUUUUAUAACACUCACAUUGAUGAAAUGCCUUUAAAUGUUGCAGAUUUAAUUUAAAUCUUACUCUUGGAGACAAUUAUAUUAAGCAAAGCAAGAAAAAAAAUAUUACUAAAACAUAAGUGAAAUAAUAAGCUCUUAACUGAUCUCUCUGAUGGUGAGUGAGCAUAUUGAUCGAGUUGGGUGAAUCAUAUCGCUUACAUAAAGCGACUUUUGGAGGGUUUACAAAACCCUUAUUUGGAUUACUCUCUAUAUAAGAGAAUUAUAAAAUUUAGGUAGUGGCAUUAUUUAUUUUUUUUUUUUCUUUGAGAAAUCGCGUUUCACAACAAAUUAUUAUUAUAGUGUUUGUUGCUGUUGAUAUUACACCACUAAAUACCAUUAAUUAUUAUUAUUAUUAUUAUUGCUAGAAAUAAUUAUCAUUAAAUAUAUUGACAUUAUAAUAACGAAUAAAUAGUAGAAUAAUAAAAAGACAGUUAACUGUCGGGCCACCUGGGCCCGAAUUAACAGUUAACAGCUGUCGUUACAGUUGUCAGUUGUACAGGAAUUAUAAAUGGCUGUCAAUAUGCAGCCAAAUUCAGUACUUUUCGCAAACGUCGCUGUUAUUAAUCUCAUCGGAAUUAUUAUUCCGCUUUUAAACCCUUCCAUUUCAUCAAAUUGCUUUAUUUACUUUGAUAAAUAUGAUCUAUUAUAUGUUACCUCAAAUUUAACAUCUCAUUUACGACUUGUUUAUCUGGGAAAAAAUUUAGUUGGCUUUUGGAAGGGCUACUUUAAUUACAAGCGAUGCAGAAGAAGAUUUAAUUAUUAGAUUUUAGGUAGUUUCAAUUUUUAUAUAUCAAUAAUAAAUAUAAUAAAUUUAAUUUUUUUUUCGUUUGUUAAAUAAAUGUAUACUAUUACUUUUUUUUUCUUCUCAUAGUAUUAGUUUGUUACUAUGUUUUUCCAAUUAUCAAACUCUUAAAUAAAGACAAACGAUUAGCAAAAAAAUACAGUAGGACCUCGUUAUAAGACUAUUAGUUUCUCUCUCAAACUAUCGCGAUGCCUGACUUAUGAUAGAAUGAUAGUCUUAUAACGAGGUCCGACUGUAAUUAAAAAUUAAAGCCGAUUAGAUUCUAUUUUAUUUUAAUUUAUUAUAACUAAAGUUAGAAAUUUCGUUUUUUUCAUAUUUAAUAUUUUCUCAUAAAUUAAUCAUCAAAACCUUUUCUUCAAUUUACUUCCCA